GCCUAUCUGCUGUGCGGCUCAGCUCAGCACCCUAUUGUUUAAACAGGGAGGGACAAAUAACACUCGGCUUGUUCUAUAGUCUCAUCCAGUGAGUCAUUUUAUUUCUUUUUAAAUCUGAUGCUCGAUUUCCACCGCUCUGAAUGCUGUCUUCAUUGUCAACUUCUCCGAUUUCUCCACUUAAGACUUGAGCUGCAUCAUGAAUAGUUUGGGAGCACCUUUCAAUCGCAUACCUCUGGAAUGGUGGGGAUUACACAGCCGAGACCCGGAGAGCAUGUAAACGCAAAUGGAGUUUGGGAUUUAUUGCAAAAUAAGGGAAAGAUGACCGUCUUCUCGCUGUGCUUGCUCUUGUGCGCGGAUCUGCUGGAUUUAGCCGUCGGAUAUUUGACAGUUACCAUAGAGCCCCUGCCUCCUGUUGUUGUGGGAGAGACUGUUACCCUCAAGUGUAACUUCAAAACUGACGGAAGGCUACGAGAGAUUGUUUGGUAUAGGGUCACAGAUGGAGGGACCAUCAAGCAGAAAAUCUUCACCUACGAUGCUAUGUUUAACACCAAUUACUCUCACAUGGAGGACUACCGCAGGCGUGAAGACCUCGUGUACCAAUCAACCGUCCGGCUCCCGGAGGUGCGGAUCUCAGACAAUGGACCUUACGAAUGCCAUGUGGGCAUCUACGACCGGGCAACAAGGGAGAAGGUUGUUCUGGCUUCAGGGAAUGUUUUUCUUACUGUUAUGUCGCCUCCAAACAACAUAUCAGUGGUGGCAGAGAACACUCCAGCCCCAUUCAGUCGAUACCAGGCCCAGAAUUUCACCCUCGUCUGCACUGCGAAAGGAGGGAAACCAGCCCCUUCCGUGUACUUUAAGCGUGAUGGCGAGCUGAUAGAGGUGAUCUCCUACACUCAGACCUCCAAUGAGGGUGGCGGCGCAGCUGGGGUGAGAGGGGCCCGGCCGCUCAUCAGCAGGGACCUCGAUGACACUAAACUACAGCGCUCCCUCUCCCUGCUGGACCCCGAAGGGCGAGUGCCCCGUGUGCACACAGAGACCCCCCAGCGUGUCCACACUCAAGGCCAGCAGGCCAACGAGCCCAGCCCUGCGACAGAGGUCAUCCCAGAGACAGUGGUGAGCCGGGAGUUCCCCCGCUGGGUGCACAGCACAGACCCGCUCUACUACUUCAGCCACACUAACAUCCCCCAGAGUGACGGCUCUGUGGUGGUCCAGGCCCGACUCACCUGGACCCUCAACCCGCAGCUGGAUAAUGAUGCCCUGUUCAGCUGCGAAGUCAAGCACCCGGCAUUGUCCAUGCCCAUGCAGACAGAGGUCACUCUAUCUGCUCCAAAGGGCCCUAAAAUCUUCAUGACCCCCACCAGAGCAAAGGUGGGGGACACGGUGCGCAUCACGGUGCAAGGAUUCCAGGUAGGACCGCCUGGGAAUGAAGUGUUCCCCGAGCCUCUCUAUACCUGGACACGAGUGGGGGGCCGCCUGCUUGAUGGCAGCGCCGAGCGAGAUGGGAAGGAACUGAUUCUGGAGAGAGUGCCAGCCGAGCUCAACGGCUCCAUGUAUCGCUGCACGGCCCAGAAUCCUCUGGGCUCCACGGAUACGCACACUCGCCUCAUAGUCUUUGAAAAUCCAAGCAUGAUGAAAAACACACAGAAUCAGAACAAUGGAGCCUCCCGCCUGGACGUGCUCGGACUAACGUGGAUGGCACUUGUCCUCACAGUGACAGUGGAACUGACGUGAAACCUCUCAUCCAAGACACUCUCACACACACACACACACACACACACACACACACACACACACACACACACACAUAAACACAUAAACAUAUACUUGCCCUUCUUAGACAACAUCCACACAAACACACACACACGCACAGACACAUAUUUUCCACAAACCCUGCAAGCCUUCUCCAGUCAUCAACAGGCCCUCCAUGCGUCACUCGAUCAGGAAACUGUGCCAUGACAUGAUGGCACUCUUCUGUUUUUUGUAAUAAAAUAAUAACCAAGAUAUUAUUAUCAAAAGAACAAACGUGAUGAACAUGACCCCCCUCCUAUAUAGCCCUUCCCAGUUACACCUUUUUUUGUUUCUUGUCCCACGUCUGCCUGUUGAUCAAUAAAAUCAGAUUAUUUGAAACGGAAAAAAGAAAAAAGCAUUUGGCUUUUUAUUUUGACGAGUCUAAAUGUCAUUGUGUUGACUGAAAUGUGAAAAGUGGAACUGGCUUAGGAUGUACCCCCAUAUCAACCACUCCCAUCUGUUCCAUGUCCUGGGAUGCACCUGAUUAGCAACAAGAUGAUAAACCGCGGGGGGAACAAACACAGAUGCUCCAAGAGAACAUUCUUUUUUUAUUGAUAUACAAGUGUUGCUUUUUUCUGAUGGCUCGGAAUGUACAAGAGGAUUUAAAUGCAUUACGGAAAAAAAAAAUCUCCUUUUUGAGUGUAUUUUGUGUACAUCAGUGUAAAUAUUGAAAAUAAUUAAAGAGGUUAUAUGGGUUAUGGUGAGGGAUGGUUGCUGAUAUAGUUGGAGUUUACACUUCUCCAUCUUUGUUUGUACGUCAUUCAACACUGUUCUCAGAAUAAUUCUUGGCUGAAAGGACAGACACAUUAACAGCCUUUCUGUUUCUCAUUCGGGCUUUUUUAUAUAUGGCAGGUCUCCAAGGACAGAGUAAAAAAAAAAAAAUCUGACAUAUGUCUGCUGUUUUGGGGUUGUGGUGCAUGUGACGUUUGAAGAUUCUUUCUCCUUUUGUUGUGUUGCAAUUGACAGCACUGCAACUCAUUGUCACUGGCCUGUAAUCCAGUUAUUCACUUGUGACAUACUAUCUUAAGUGACCUACAUUGUGUACAAUACGUAACUCUUACCCAGACAUCUGCAGUACUAGUAGGAUCAUUUUAGCCGCCAUUCCAGGGAGGUGCUCACUUUAGGCAGAGUGUGUAAACAGGGUUGUUGCAUUUGUUUCAUUUCACCUGUAUUAAAAUGGAAAGAUGAUAAA